UCUUCCGCCAAGUUCUCAACUCAUAUAACCGUUUUUAACAAAUUUCCGUUUGAUCGAUUUUAUUCUUACUAUUAUUAUUAUUAUUAUCAUACACUCAUCAUCCUUUAUACAUCCAUCCUUCCUUAUAUAUACGAAUAUAUAUCAAAUCUAAUAUCUAUCAAUCUAUAUCUAUCUAUCCAUAAAUCUACGAGUAUUUGUGUAGGAGAUUAUUGGAAUGGAAAGUAGAAAGGCGAACUGUGUUUCAUUAUCAAUCGGAAAAAGUAAAUUAAUGAAACGCCGCCGAUCGCCACGGCGACCGGUGGUCGGAUCUCUUCCCGAAGAUUUGCUGAUUGAUGUACUUGGUCGCGUGGCAUCAUCUUCAUUCACAGAUUUAUUUAAUGCUAAAUUAUGUUGUAGAGAUUUUCUUGGAGCAGCAGAAGACGAGUCCAUCUUUCAACAUGUUUCAAUUGAUAAGUUUCCUGUUAUUCAUUGGUUUCCUCCAAGCAAUGAACUUCUUUUGUUCCUAAAUCGAUGCAUUGAUAAAGGGAAUCCUGAGGCGAUGUUCAGGCAAGGAAUGAUUGAGUUCUUCAGUCUUGCAAGGAUAGAAACAGGACUUGAGUACUUGAAAAAGGCCAGCGAGAAAGGACAUGUUGAGGCAACAUACGUUUACGGUAUGAUUCUACUCUCUAGAGGUGGCCAAUCGAGUCAACAAGGCUUGAAUAUUUUAAAUUCAAUGAAAAUAUCAAGAUCCAAAUAUUUGAAAAUACGCGAGUGUAGAGCUAAAAUCAAAGCAGUUAUUAGAGAAAUGUGGAUUAAUAAUUCGAUCUCACUAAAUGAGGUCGGAUGCAACUGUGAAGAAAGAAACAAAAUCUAUAUCAAAAAAAGAAAAUUCGACGAGGAGGAAGAUAUAGAUGUAUUAAGUUGUGACGCUUGUGGGUGGUAUCGAGAGGUCAUCUCAUUCUGCAAAAUAGUAGACGGUGUCGUGUAGCUUGUAGGGGCGUAUCAAUUAUCAAGCUUCAUAUUGUUUUCUCCACUGGCUAAAAUUAUGAUUGUUUCAUUGGUAAGUUAUAUGAUUUGUGCAGGUAUUGUGUGAUUUUUUUAGAGUAAGUUAUAUGAUAUGUAUAGGAAAAAUAUUGUGCAAAUAGAUGGUAAACCAUCAUGUGUAAAUUUCAUUUAAUAUGCUACAAUUUCAAUCUUGCCUUCUAAAGAAAUUGAAAAACUUGACGAAUACGGGUAUGUUUGACAAAA